CGCUGACGUGGGAGCGCCGAGUUCCCGGGCUCGCUUCCUCCCCGCCGGGGCGCCUCUCUCCCGGAGCCGGGGUCCCCAAGUGGGUCGCGGCGGCAUCCUCAGGCCAGGCCCCGGUGUGGGAGGGGGCGGCCUGGCGGCAGUGGCGGGGUCCGCACGGGCCGCGAAAGCGGGGCCAUGGAGCCGGGGGAGUCGGGGAAGACUCCUGUGACGUUUGAUGACAUAACAGUGUACUUGCUCCAGGAGGAAUGGAUGCUGCUGAGUCAGCAGCCGAAGGGCCUCUGCGAUUCUGAUAAGCUGAUGGCACCCCUAGGUAUAGAUCCUGCAUGUCUCCUGCAUGUCAGUCUAGAUCAUCUUCUCCAACCUUUUCUGGGCCAGGUCAUCAAAUUCCAUAAAUUGUCUCUCUCUUUUAUAGGGAAAAACCAGAUGGGCUGCAUGGAGGAAAUGGAUGUGCGGGGACCUUCCAGGGAGAGUGGCCAGUCCCCACCACCUCAGAAGGAAGCCUGCCUGGCCUCCAUCAGGGCAGAGAGUGGCAUCAUCCAGGGAGUCUGGAGGGGAGGAAGCAAGAAACCCGUGAAGCCCCGCUCUAUCCAGAAGUCCUGGUUUGCACAGUUUCCCUGGCUGAUCAUGAACGAGGAACAGACAGCUCUGUUUUGCUCUGCUUGUCGAGAAUACCCAUCAGUCAGAGACAAACGGUCAAGGCUAAUAGAAGGCUAUACAGGACCGUUCAAGGUGGAAACGCUGAAGUACCAUGCCAAAAGCAAUGCCCACAUGUUCUGUGUCAAUGCUUUGGCCACCAGGGACCCCAUCUGGGCAGCCCGGUUUCAGAGCAUCAGAGAUAGAUCCGCAGAUAUCCUGACCAACUCCAAGUACUUCUUCCCUGCGGAUUAUCCUGUGUUCUUCCCUUCAGGGUCUCUAGGAGACUUAGGUAGCAUGAGUGAGCUCCUGCCAAGCUCAAGAGCUGAACCAGAGGAAACUGGACAGUGUGGAGCCCUCCCUUCUUUGCAUCAAGAUUGCCUGUCAGAUUUGAGGCAAAAAGAAGUCACCAUUGGCAUCCACAGCUCCUCAGAUGCCAACCUUUUAUGUAACGAUGCUGUUGAACCCUGCAGCCAGGAACCUCCUGAGGAGAGGUCUCCAGAAGCUAUGGUGGUGGAGGCAGAACUCCCAGUGGUGUUUGAGGACGUGGCUGUGUAUUUCACCCAGGAGGAGUGGGGCCUGAUGGACAAGCGGCAGAAGUGCCUGUACAGAGAUGUGAUGCGGAUGAACUAUGAGCUCUUGGCUUCUCUGGGGCCUGCUGCUGCCAAGCCAGACUUGAUCUUAAAACUGGAACGGAGAGCUACGCCCUGGAUCAAGGACCCAAACCAACUAAAGUCAGGGAAAGGCCACCCCUCAGUGAAAAAGAAGGCGGUGACCGUAAGCAAGGCAGACACCCAGGUCUCAGCUGCGGAAUCUGCGCCGCUUCCAGCCCUUCCCAUGGAGACAUGGCCCUCCUGCUGCCCUCCCAGUAUGCAUGAAGUAGAUGAGGGCAGACCUCAGAAAGUCAGCAGGACUUACAGACCUCGUUCCAUCCAGAGGGCCUGGUUUGAGCAGUUCCCCUGGCUAGUCAUUGACCCCCAAGAGACCAAGCUGUUCUGCUCAGUCUGCAAAGAACGACCUAGUGUCCACGACAAAUCAUCGCGGUUAGUCCAGGGUUACACUGGGCCUUUCAAAGUGGAGACUUUAAAAUACCACGAAGUCAGCAAGGCCCACCAGCUCUGCGUCAACACCGUGGAAAGCCAAGACGGCGGCAGCCCUCAUGCCGCUCUCGCUCCAGAGAUCUCCAGCGACCUCAUGGCCAACAUGGAGCACUUCUUCAACGCCGCCUACUCCAUCGCCUACCACUCCAGGCCCCUGAAUGACUUUGAGAAGGUGCUGCAGCUUCUACAGAGCACCGGCACCGCGAUCUUAGGCAAGUACCGAAACCGUACCGCGUGCACUCAGUUCAUCAGAUACAUCUCCGAGACGCUGAGGAAGGAGAUCCUCAGCGAACUCCGGAGCUCCCCAUGCAUGAGCGUGCUGCUAGACAGCUGCACGGACUCUUUGGACCAGGCCUGUGUGGGGAUUUACAUUCGCUACUUCAAGCAGAUGGAGGUGAAGGAGUCGUACAUCACCCUGGCCCCCCUUUACAGUGAGACAGUAGACGGGUACUUUGAGACCAUCAUUGCUGCCCUGGAUGAGCUGGACAUCCCUUUCCGGAAGCCUGGCUGGGUGGUGGGCCUGGGCACCGAUGGCUCCACCAUGCUGAGCGGCAAGGGAGGCCUCGUGGAGAAGUUCCAGGAGCUCAUUCCCCAGCUGCUGCCCGUCCACUGCGUGGCCCACCGGCUGCACCUGGCUGUGGUGGACGCUUGUGGGAACAUUGACCUGGUGAGGAAAUGUGACCGGCACCUGCGAACCAUCUUCAAGUUCUAUCAGUCCUCCAACAAGAGGCUGAGCGAGCUGCGGGACGGCGCGGCUCCCCUGGAGCAGGAAAUCGUCCGUCUGAAGGACUUGAACGCUGUCAGAUGGGUGGCCAGCAAGAGGCGCACACUGAAUGCACUCAUCGUGAGCUGGCCCACGCUGGCUAGGCACCUCCAGAGUGUGGCUGAUGCGGGGGGCCCAGUUGGGCAGAGGGCCAAGGGCAUACUGAGGCUGGUGAAGGGCUUCCAUUUCAUCAAGUUCUGCCACUUCCUUCUGGACUUCCUGAGCAUCUUUAGAGCUCUGUCUGAGGUGUGCCAGAAAGACAUGGUGCUGAUCACAGAGGUGAACUCCACGCUGGGGCAUGCCUAUGUAGCCCUGGAGACCCUCCGGCACAGGGCGGGGCCCACAGAGGAAGAGUUCAAUGCCAGCUUCCAGGAUGGGCAGCUCCACGGCAUCUUGCUGGCCAGGAUGGAAAUGGCAGAGCAGCGGUUCCAGGAGGACAGGGAGAGGACAGUCCUGACUGGCUUGGAGUACCUCCGGCACAGGUUUGACACAGACCGCCCCCCGCCACUCAAGCACAUGGAGGUGUUCGACACCAUGGCCUGGCCAGGUGGCGCUGACCUGGCCCACUUCGGGACUGAUAACAUUCUCAGUCUUGCCAGGUAUUUCGAUCUCUCCCUGCCCACAGGGUACAGUGAGGAAGCGCUGCGGGAGGAGUGGCUGGACCUGAAGGUCUCUGCUCAGAAUCUCCCGUUCUCCAUGCUGUGUAAGAACACCCUGGCCCAGCAGCAGCGCUUCCCCUUGCUGAGCAAGCUCAUGGCCGUGGUGAUCUGCGUGCCCAUCUCCAAUUCCUGCUGUGAGCGGGGCUUCAGAGCCAUGAACAGGAUCAGGACCAAUGAAAGAACCAAACUCUCCAAUGAGGUACUCAACACGCUCAUGAUGACGGCAGUGAACGGAGUGGCGGUGACAGAGUACGACCCCCAGCCUGCCAUCCAGCACUGGUACCUGACCUCCUCGGGCCGGCGCUUCAGCCACGUCUACGCCUGCACCCAGAUGCCAGCCCGCUCCCAGGCAGGCACAGAGCUCAGGAAGGAGGAGGUGGUGGGAGCACUCUGCUCAGAGAAAUCUGUGACCCAGAAGAUGCUCAUGACACCACCUGGGGAGCCGUGGGCGUUCUGAAGGUCAUACUCAGCGGCUAAGACUUGCCCCCUACCAGCCCAGGGGUCCACCAGGGUCCUGAGGAGAGGGGGCCUGAAGAAGCCUUUGGGGAACCCCACAUGGCCCUGUCCCGGUGGUCAUGGGGAGAGGCUAGCUGUUUUGUUUGGGGUAUCCCAUAAUCCCGGGAUGCUGGCAGUGAGACAAUGAGGGACAAGGCAGGAGACAGCACCUGUCACCCGGGGGCCUCUUUAAGCUCAGCAAUACCCACUAGCACAAAAGUAACCUGGGUAGGUGGUUAUCUCAAGUCUCCUUUUAAGGUGCUCCAAGAAAGAGUCCUGUCAUGAGCAAGUCAUCGCCACACUUGCACUGAUGACAGCACUUCCCUGAAGUGGGGAGACAGUUGAUGGAGGCUGGGGAGAGCUCAGGAACCCUCCUCACCUGUGGCAGCAUGCUGGGGAGGUGGCCUACAGGGGAAGUCACCUUGGAGACCCUGGCUUGGAGGAACUCCAGGAGCGGCCAUUGCAGACGGCUGACCCCAGCUCCCAUGGCAGAAGCCAGGGAGCUUUUGACUGUGGGAAAUGGGCCUGGUGAAUUUCUCUGCCUCCAUCAGCACUGCCUUCAGGAGGAGACAGACAGAAAGCCUUUGUGCA